CCUAUGCUCUGCUUGCCCGAAUCAUUCACUAUCCCUUAUCCAACCCUAGCUACUCUUUUCGAGCCACUGCCGCUUCUCCGUCGAGCCACUGCCGCGUCCGUCCGUCGAGCUCUGCUGCCGUCCGUCCGUCGAGCUCUGCCGCCGUCCGUCCGUGUAGCCACCGCCCCCAAGUCUCCAACUCCCCUGCUCUCUUCUUCCGCGAGCUCGCCCCAUCCCAUACUCUUUGCAUCUUCUUGCCGUCGGCUUCAUCUUCUUGCCGUCGUCUGGGCGGCGUCGUCCAUCAAUCAAGGGUCUGUUGGCGUCUUCUUCGAAGCUUGUGGAGUGAGUGAUAGACAUGGCAGUUUCAGCUUCUCUAAUUCCGGUAUCAUCCACCACCACGACUUCGCUCACAUUCGGCACCAGAAAGCCACCCGCAUUUCCGUCUCUUGCUUGUCCAUUCAAGGGAUCCCUCAAGAAGUUGAACUCGACACCAUGCGGCUACACGGCAACGCUCAGGGUGCAGCUCAGAAGACCCCUCUCGGUGGUAGUGAACAAGGCGGCUUCUGCCCCUGCCCCUGCGGCGGGGGCUUCGAGCGUGCGGUUCAGGCUUGACAACCUGGGCCCGCAACCGGGUUCGAGGAAGAAGGCGAAGAGAAAGGGAAGAGGCAUAUCGGCAGGGCAAGGUGCAAGCUGUGGUUUUGGGAUGAGGGGUCAGAAGUCACGGUCUGGCCCCGGCGUCAGGAAGGGUUUCGAGGGUGGUCAGAUGCCCCUUUACCGUCGAAUCCCCAAACUUCGAGGAAUUGCUGGCGGUAUGCGUGCUGGGCUACCAAAAUAUGUCCAUGUAAAUCUGAGGGACAUAGAGGAUGCUAGAUUUAAGGAUGGUGAAGAGGUGUCUCUUGAAACUCUAAAGGAGAAGGGUGUGAUUAAUCCAUCAGGAAGAGAAAGGAAACUUCCUUUGAAGAUUUUAGGUGAAGGAGAGCUUAGUAAGAAGUUGACAUUUAAAGCCCGUGCUUUUUCAACAUCCGCAAAGGAGAAACUAGAGAGUGCUGGUUGUUCCCUCACUGUGCUUCCUGGCCGUAAGAAAUGGGUUAAGCCAUCUGUUGCUAAAAACCUUGCGCGUGCUGAAGAAUACUUCGCCAAGAAGCGAGCUGCUGCAGCUGCAUCUGAACCAGCUUCCGCAUGAAGUUGAAACAUUCAUGUGCAUCACAUGUAGAAAUCUUAGAUCACAAGGCAGGAAUGACUUAGAGAAUGGAAAGAAAGCAUGCAAAAGUGGAAGAAAUAUAAGAAGCCGAAACAACUAUAAAGCUGUCAGCCCUGACCUCUUCGCACUCAAUCGAUCAUAACUUGAGCUACAGAGUUUCAAAUGAGGCGGUUUCAGUUGCGUUGAAAAGCUAACAUCCGGGGCUUCGCAAUGAUAUACAAUUUGCCAUAGUGGCCAUGCAGCUAGGCGACGCGCACGCGCACUUGACGCGCACGCGCACAUUGGCGAAAAGUCCAUUGGCGCGCACGCGCACUUAGCGCGUACGUGCGACAUGCGCGACGUACUGCAAUUGCAGAAAUCGUUGGGGGCGAUUUCUGGGCUGUUUUUGAUCCAGUUUUUUGCCCAGAAAACACAGAUUAGAGGCUAUAGAGUGGGGGAAUCCAUUCAUUCAACAACUUUCAUUAUUCACAGUUUUAUGUUUUAGAUGUAGUUUCUAGAGAGAGAGGCUCUCUCCUCUCUCUAGGUUUUGGGAUUUAGGAUUUCUAUUAGUUUUAGGCGUAUUUCUUCC